AUGUAUAGAUAUGGUGUUAAAUGUCUAUUUCGAUUUUAUACAUAUGAUCUAGAAAAACAUUUUCGUCAACAUGUAUUUGAAGAUUUUCAACAAGAAACUCUUUGUCAAUUAUAUUGUUUAGAAAAAUUCUGGGCAUCUUUAAAAUAUUCUCGAGAAAAACCAAAAAUCAAUUCAAAACUUGAAGAAAUUUUAAAAAAAUAUAGAAAUCUUGAAGAUUUUCGUGUUGAUGGUGUAUCAUUUCCACAACAAUUUUUACCAACAAAAUCAAAUUAUACAUUCGAAGCAAUUGCUGCUGCAGUAGCAAAGAACAGUGAUACAUCAAAUUCAUUAAAACCCAAUGGUGAACAAUAUCUGAACGGUGCUCAUAUUUUUUCAAGUGGAUUUCGAUUUAUAAUUGGUAUUGGUUUAGCUAUUGCUGGUGGUGUGAUUAAUUCUAUGCUUUAUAAUGUUGAUGGUAGUCAUCGAGCUGUUAUUUUUGAUCGUUUCCAAGGUGUUGAACUAGAUGUUAUUGAAGAAAGAACUCAUUUUAUGAUUUCAUGGCUUCAUAGACCAAUUAUAUUUGAUAUUCGUACACGACCACGAUCUGUUCCAUCAAUAACAGAAAUAAAAGAUUUACAAGCAAUUAAUAUAACAUUACGUAUUCUUUAUCGACCAAGAGCUGAACUUUUACCAAAAAUUUUUUGCAAAUUUGGUUUUAAAAUCUGUUGUACUAAGUCUCAAUUUGAUGCUAUUCAAUUGACUACACAACGUGCACUUAUUUCUCAACGUGUUAGUGAAUUAUUAACAGAACGUACUGCUCAAUUUGGUUUAUUACUUGACGAUAUUUCAAUUUUAAGAUACAACAAAAAAGAGUCUCGAGUUGAUUAUAUUGUUUUUUUUCUUUAA